AUGGAUCGAUCAACAGAUCGUGAUUCAUUGAUUCGAUCGACCGUAUCCAUGUAUGCGUCGCAAGUUCAACUGCCAGAUAAUCAUGCCGAUGACGUCAUCUAUGCACCAGAUGAGAUAAUCACGAGCAGUGUUUACAACAACCGAGCUGCAACUUCAUCAUACUGUUCCAGGGAUGAUGUUGAACGAAGUGUAAACGGGUGGGUAGUCGCAAAAUUUGUAACUUAGGC